UCAUGUCAGUUAAAUUUGAGAAUGACGAAAUACGGUUUGACCCGUGGACUGAUACCCGAUGAAGUUGUUGGAACAACUAAAAUCGAUGGCAAAUUGACAUUCGUUCUAAAAUGGAAAAACGCAAACAACGAUUAAGUAGAUUUGAUCAACGCCGCUAAGGAGAUAUAUGAAAAGUGGCCUAACUUAGCGAUGGAUUACUCGUCAAAAGAUGAGUAUACUUGUUUUAUGAAACGGGAUAAAAAGCGUCCCCUUCCAAGUGUACCGAGACAACGAGACAAUUCGUUAUAAACGGAACGUAUGGACAGUCUAUCAUGCAUUCAAUUCUACAUAUCUCAUUCCCCCAAAAAAGAGAAUGCACUUGAGUACGGGCAAAAGAAAUAAUUCUGAUGUUAGUGAUGCUAUUUUUAAAACUCAAAAAUAAAGGCUAAAGGGAUUCGAAGAAAUGUGGUUAAAAGUAAAAUGUCUUUCAACCACCAUAAUGUUUGUCUUUAUUCUAUACUCCGUUUCACGAGAGAAGGUACACGUUUUUUCGUCCGUCGAUGCGCAUCUCCCACCAAUGUCGCCCGUUCGUUCACGAUCGUAAAAUGUUCCGGCUGCGGUCGGCAACGACUCGUUCGCAUACGUAGCGCUGCUAACGUACAUAACAAAAUUUAAACGGCAACUGUUGUCUAUAAUACAACUCUAACCGCGUAACACGUACACACUGUAUACAUCUACAUACCUUCGAUUUUAUCGCACUAUUCUGUUUGUUUUUUACUUUUUGUUUUUUGCAAUUUAAUUUGUAAAUAAUUAUGAAUGCUGCUGUAGAAGAAAAUGUGCCUAGCACAUCGUCUAAGCCAACACCAUCGCCCGUGUAAAAAAAUAAAAAUGGAAAGUUUGUCGGAACCAGUCAGAAAACACUUAUUAUUAAUUUGUACAAAAAGUAUCUACUGGAACAACCAACAAUGAAAUACAUCGAUCUAAUGAUGUCGUUGUCGACUGAUACGGGGUUCGGUUUACGCACAAUAAGAAGUACUGUUAAGGAGUAUAAAGAAACAGGAGUAGUGUCCUCACCAAACAAAAAAAAAAUACGAUCUACAGUUAUUGAAAAAAUUGAUGAUUUCAAUAAGAACGCGAUUCGCCAAAAAAUACACAGCUUCUGGUUCAGACGAGAAAUACCUACACUGAUGAAAGUUUUGGCGGUUAUUAACGAAGAUUCUGAACUUCCAAAUCUAUCUCGUAGUGGUUUGUAUCGGUUGUUAGCUGACUUAAAUUUCGAAUUCACUAAAAGAAAUAGAAAUAGUGCAUUAACAGAGAGGAAUGAUCUGAUAUUAUGGCGUAGACGUUUUAUCCGAGAUAUAAGACGUUAUAGAAAUGAAGGUCGAACAAUUUAUUUCUUAGAUGAGACUUGGGUAAAUGCCGGGGAGUGUACGAACAAAGUAUGGGUCGACAACACCGUAAAAUCGUGCCAUGAUGCAUUCAUAAAAGGACUAACGACUGGGGCCAAGAAUCCUACAGGUAAAGGCAAACGAUUAAUUGUUCUACAUAUUGGUUCAUCUAACGGUUUCGUCGAGGGUGGUCUGCUGUGUUUUGAAUCAAAAAAAAAUUCAGCCGACUACCACGACGAAAUGAAUGGUGAUUCAUUUUUUGAAUGGUUUUGUAGAGUCUUACCUCUAUUGAACGAAAAUUCUGUGAUAGUGAUGGACAAUGCGUCGUACCAUUCAGUGAAAAAAGACCCAAUACCAACAAAGUCUUGGACAAAAAAUAAAAUCAUUCAAUGGUUGCAAGACAAGAAUGUAGAGAUUGACAAAACAUGGCUCAAAAUUGAACUGUUAGACAAGGUUCAACAGUUUCAACCUGUUAAUAAAUACGUCAUUGACGAAGAAGCAAAAAAAUAUAAUAAAAUUGUCCUACGUUUACCACCGUACCAUUGCGAAUUAAAUCCAAUUGAAUUAGCAUGGUCGGUGGUAAAAAAUCACGUGAGGCAGAACAAUUCUACGUACAAAUUGAGUGAUGUACGGCAAUUGUUGAUAGAUGGAGUUAAAAAAGUUUCUCCGGAAAUGUGGGCCAAUUUUGUAAAACACACCAUCGCAGAAGAAAACAAGAUGUGGGAUAUUGAUUGUAUUUCAGAAGAAAUGUUAGAAGAAAAUCCUUCAACCACUCAUGUACUAACAAUAACAGGGGAGACAACUUCGGAUUCCGACUAA